AUGUUAUCAGCACCAGCCAAACAAGAGAACGAAGAUUUCACGAGUAACUCUGUGAGUUACUAGAAGAAAGUGGACACAUUCAUCAAAAAUGACUUAGCUUUAGGUGACCGAAAGUUCUCUUGACUUUCCUACACUGAUCCCUCACAAUUCGGUGAAUAACCCUCUAGAAGAGCUUGAGCUAGCCACAGCGUCUUCCCCUAAAAUAAGAAGUGAGGGGAGAAUCACUUCAGAAUCUUCUUUGGAAUCAAUUCGUGACUGGAGAAAAAGGCUCUAUAAAGCCUUCAAGAACAGGUCUCAAAUAUCCAGGAUUAUCAGGAAAUCGCCGUGUAAGCUCCUUUACACCCCGAAAUGUUACGAACGUCUAUAAUGCUCAUUUCAGCGGAAGAAGGUGUUGAGAUGAAUGAUAUGGUUCCGACAAUUAUGGACAAAAAUCGGCAGGUGAUUCUAAGUCGGACGGAACCGAAUUGGCAGUCUCUGGUGACUGGAAAACAAAUUCAAACGUAUGGGAGGGACAGGAAUGGAAAGGUUUGUCUGGGGCAUGUUUUAACCAGAUUAGAUGGUUGUACACUGUCCUGGUACGUUAAAAACGAAACCGUUUUCAAUGUGUGUUUCCAGCUCAUCCCGCUAUUCGGAAUCGAAUCCGCCGCCGUUCUCCCUCAAACUCCGAUUGAGUAAGCUUAACGCCACGUCACCUUUUCUUCCAUUCCCCACUCUCACGUCAUAAUUCCAGACCAUAUCCUCCUCGAGAAAUCCGCUACGCCUACCGUACUUCCAACCGUCAACCGGUCGUCUAUGUGCCAGCGGUGGCUUCUUUACAACCAUCGGAAACUAUCCCCGUACCAGUUGCCUCUUAUCUUGUCACUGUAGUUUAUUAUUUUUAUUACUAGCUUUCCUCUUUGAAUGACUCAUUCUCACAAAUGGACUCGUUUUCAGGCCAACCCACCCCAACGGCCAAUUGAAUUACACAUUCUGCCGCCGAUUCCGGAGCCACCAGCUCCACAGCCACAGGUUUGAGAUUGAUUUGGUAUCUCUCGUGUCAAAUAAUACAAAUGUUAAGAUAAUCUAUCAAACAACUCCAGCACCAAUCCCUUUCACCUAUUCAACAUUUGCUCCAUCGGGACAGGAUAAUUUCCCGUCGAAUGACGUCCAGUGUAAUGGGCAGUGUGGCGGAGGUGGAAGACCGGAAUCGGAUGAUGAUAAGUGCAAUAGUCAGCGGUUAAGGACUAUUAUUUUCAAUGUGAGUGGGGACUAAACAGGCCAGAAAACCCCAAAAAUAUCCACAAAUUAUUUGUCUCGCUAUUUCAGAACAUCAUUUCCGGCGACGCGGAAGGCUCUAAACGAGCAGUGCAGAGCGUGGCGGAAGCGGAAACAGGGCUAUUCUUCGACGCAAUUUGUGGAACUGGAUUUUUCAGUUACAUCGCUCACACCGACGAAUUCUGUCUAGCCUCUUCCGGCGGCGUCAACUGCUACGUGUUCUCGCCGGUCUGUCAGGAAAAAAACAUGAUGGCAACGCGAAAGAAAGCAGUACUGAGCAGGAAUUAG